GAGCGUUCCGUGUUUGUCGGGGGGCGGUGCCUGCGUUUUGGCGGGUUGUUGUGAAGAUUACAGGGAACGGAAGCAGAGAUGGAGGAAAAUAAACCCGAACCGGGACCAGAACCCGGGACUGGGAACGACGCAGAUACCGGGGAUGCGGCUGAGAAAGGAGGCCCCUCCGGGGUGAACGGUGCUGGCGGUGCGGACGGGUCCGGGAGUCGGGACAGCCAGCACAACCCGAACCUGUCGAGCGGGCCGGGCGGUCCCGGUUCGGAGCCCAAGAGGACCCGGCUAAAGCUGUUCAACAAGGUCAUGGAGAAGAGCUUGCAAAGAGUAAUCACAGAGGCGAGUUUUCAGAGGUUUGCCCACAGCUUCCACCCGUUCUACAAGCUGCAGCCCAGUGUUACCCAGAGCAUCCACAGGACCUUCAUCUCCCAGCUACAGACCUCCAUUCAGGAUGACAUUUCCCAGAUCAUGGAGGAAGGGAAUUUACAUGCUCAGCUAGACGAGUUGGACCGGCUGCAGGAGGAGGGUUCAGACACAGCAGAACCAGCCUGGCGCCCUAGUGGGGUCCCAGAGCAGGAUUUCCACUGCUUCCUGAUUCCCUAUUCCCUGCAGCAGCAGGAGUUCCUGCGCAAGGCUGUGAGGUCGCUGGAGCAGGAGAACGGCAGGCUGGCCCAGUCCGUGCAGGCCGGGAGAGAGCGGCUCAGUGAGGCUGAGAAACAGAUCCAGGAGAGGCUGAGGGAGUGGCAGGUCUCGCAGACGUUCUAGAGGCGCAGCAGAAAGAAAGCCUCUCCAAGCCAGGGCUUGAAACUGGGAUCCUUGUUGGGACCUCGGUCUGGACAGUGUUUGGGUUGCUUUUCAAAGGGGGGGGUGGUAGCUAGCUGGCUUUGGGGAGGAAAAGCAAUUUCUGCUACAAGUUGUAUUCUAUGCUACUAAGUGUUUGAUAUGUUUACCCCAAUGCAGAAAACUUGAAACUAAUCAUUAUCUAAGUGUGGUUCACACUUGCUUUUAUAUUCAGCAGUGCCCAUAAGAACGGAACCUCUAUUAAUGUCAGGAUCAUUCUCCUCACAGCACAUUUAUACGUGUUGAUUUAACACUGGGGUACAGUCAUGCUGCCAUUUAAAAGUGAGUUUUGAGAUGUCAAAGUCCUGUCUGCUUCAGAGGGCAUCUGCUGUAGGAAGCAGAAACCAGUAGGGCUUUUGAUUAACUAGUAACAGCACAUUUUAGCAGGAGAUCGGAAACCCUGGGGUCUAGUUUAUAUAAAGGGGAUGCCAAUGUGGAUGAUGAAUUUGUGGAGGAUCUCUUCAUGUUGAUUACUAUUGCAAUAAAGUCAGCUCCUCGUGCUGCAAGGGGGGUGGUGAUGCUGAAGGGGGUUGUGAUACAGGGUGGUAAUGAUGCAGGGGGGUUGUGGUGCGCUGUGCACUGAAGCCCGCACUCUCAUAUUGUAGGUAAUUGUAAGCUAUGGGAAAGGGGCAGUGCUCAAGUUUACACUGUGUGCUCCUGGCUGCCUCCCAGAUACAUCCACCAAUCAGAGCACAGCCUUGUGACCCAACUGUGCGAAAGUAAAGGCUGCCCUCGUCUUGAGCUGGAAUCAAAGCUGGUUUCGAGUGCGAGUGUCUCGGUUUAGAAAACAAUUGUUUAGCAGGCAGUGGGAACACAUUAAACACUUGUAUACGUUACUAUAUAGUGAUUUAAUUGAGUCCAGUGUUAACCCAAGCCUGGAUUGAAAGGCAGUAAUGUCAGCGCAUAGCCUCAGCCAUGCCUUUAAUUGGGGACCCUGUCAUGGGUCAUAAAGCGUUGUUAAAAGAUUUUAUAUGUUGUC